GAAAUAUAGAUAAAGAAGAAGAAUUUCUGAAUUUAGUAAAAGAAGAAUUGGAUGAUUUAUAAAGUGUGAUUGAAAAUUCAUUUAAUUUUGAAGUUAAUCAUGUACUUAGUUAUAAUCCAAAAUUCACUUAUGAUUUAUUAUUUAAAUUGGCAAAUCAACAGAAAACAUUAAAAAGUGUUAAUUUUAAUAUUUACAGAUAUGCAAAUCCUUAAUAAAGUGAACUUGAUUAAAAUAGAGAAAUAUUAGCAACUCUAUAUUAACAUGUUAAUGAAUAAUACAAUACCAUAUUCUUAAAAAACUUCAUUUAUGAAGAUUAAUAUGUUAAAUAAUAAAAUUUAUCUGAAGGCAUUGUGAGUUAUUCACAUGUAAUAAUUUAUUAAUAUUAAUAUAUAUUAGUUAGUAG